AUGCACAUUGCGGUGGAUUUGAAUGCACCUUUUGUGGUACAUGCUGGCAGUUGCGUGUGGCGGCUGUUGUCUUCUUCCGUGGCCAUGAGGAGGAGGGGAAGAGAGGGAGAGAGGGAGCGCACCCCGAGUCUACUUUCCUGCGGGUGUGAUGCACCGCGUGUGACUGCGCUGAGUUGGGCUCCGUGCCCCAUUGAUGGCGGGAUGGCAGGAAAUUUUGUGCCGCGUGAUGGAUGGAUGAGGGUUCGCUUGCUCCGUGUGCGUUGUGUGGUGGCCGCGGGGUUUUGGCCAUUUCCCUGGGGCUGCGGGAAUGAGCUGGGGGAGAUGGUGGUGGAUGUCUUCUCCUCCUGCAUGGUGGGUGGCUGCUGGCGUUGUGUGCCUUCCUUGCGUGGAUGCCAUCUCGUGGUGUGUGGACUGUGCGUCUGGGCUUGUUGCCCUCUCCUCAUGUUGUCUGCGCUCUCUCGCUGUAUCCGCUGUGCUCCGUCCCUCUCCCUCUCGUUCCAUUCCUUUUCUUUCCGUCUCACGGAUCAGCUGACUGACACCAGCGACUCCACUACGGGCGAUGAUGACUGCGAUGGUGACGGUGCGGCGCCGUGCUGGUCCUUGCGCUCUUGUGCUGCUGGGAGUGCUGGACAUGUAUCUGGUGAUGCGGAUGCGGUGGUUGUGCCGGUGGAUGUGUCGUGUGCUCCGAGUGACGGCAGCCUGAGCUAUCGCGUGCGUGUGUGUGUGCGUGGAAGAAUUGUUCUGCUGUCAGUGCUGAGGUUCGAUAUGAGAAUUACACUUUCAGUGGCUUUGAUCUGCGCAUGCAUGGCAGGAAUGGCGAGCUGGGUGCUGUGUGCCAUGUGGUCAAUGCGGUGCACACAUGUAGCAACUGUGCUGCCAGCUGUGCAACGGAAGAGGAGGGGGCCACCGUUGCCUUCACGAUGA